UACUCGAAACUCUCACUCAGAGAGAGAGUUCAUUAAUGGCGAAACGAAAUGAAAAAUUAUUCCCGAUUCUUGUCUCACUGAUUCCUCCGUUAUUCAUUCUCGUUCUUUCUCUUUUAUUCGUUAAACCAUUUGCUCAACCACAACAAGAUCCAGAAUUUGUACAGUUCAUCUUUAAUUCAACAGAAUUACCAACAGAAGAUGAAUACGAUUAUAUAAUUGUUGGAGGAGGAACAUCUGGUUGUCCAUUAGCAGCAACAUUAUCAACAAAUUACGAAGUAUUACUUGUUGAAAGAGGUGGUAAUAUGAAUGAAUACCCAAAUUUAAUCAAUCAAGAAGGGUUUUUAUCAGCAAUAACACAAGUUGAUAGUUACGAUUCACCAGCAGAGUCAUUUACAUCUGAAGAAGGUGUUCCUAAUGCUAGAGGAAGAGUUCUUGGUGGUAGUAGUGCGAUUAAUGCUGGUUUUUAUAGUAGAGCUGAUUCUGAUUUUUAUGGUGUUUCUGGUUUUAAUUGGGAUUUAGAUCUUGUUAAUGGAUCUUAUGAAUGGAUUGAAGAAUCUAUUGUUUUUACACCUGAAUUGAGAAAUUGGCAAUCAGCUUUUCGUGAUGGAUUAUUACAAGCUGCUAAUAUUACACCUUAUAAUGGUUUCAAUCUUAAUCAUCUUAUCGGCACAAAGAUUGGUGGUACUACCUUCGAUUCUUCCGGUAGAAGACAUACUUCGGCUGAUUUGUUAAUUCACUCCAAUUUCUCCAAUAUUAGGGUUUCUCUUCGUGCUAGUGUUGAAAGAAUCAUUCUCAAUUCCAUCUCUUCUGAGACAUUGAUAGAGCCAACAGAUAGACCAAAGAAAUCAGCAAUAGGUAUAGUGUACAGAGAUCAAGUAGGAAGACACCAUCAUGCAAUGAUUCGAGGGAAAGGAGAAGUCAUACUGUGCGCAGGUGCUAUUGGAAGUCCACAACUUCUUCUGUUAAGUGGAAUUGGACCACGUCCAUACCUCUCUUCAUGGGGUAUACCAGUGGCACAUCAUCUUCCAUAUGUGGGUGAGUCCUUAUAUGAUAACCCCAGAAAUGGUAUAUCCUUUAUACCAUCAAGACCAAUUGGCCAGUCUCUGAUACAAGUCGUUGGCAUUACUGAUCGAGGAACCUACAUAGAAGCAGCAUCCAAUAUAGUUCCUUUUAUGUCUCCACCUCAUUCAGUCUUCGUUCAUGGUCCAGCAUCGUCUCCGUUAUAUCUCACAGUGGCUACUAUCAUGGAAAAAAUUGUUGGCCCACUCUCUGCUGGAUCACUGAGGUUAGCAUCAACUGAUGUUCGGGUGCAGCCAAUUAUCAGGUUUAACUAUUUCUCCAAUCCCGAGGAUUUAAAAAGAUGUGUUGAAGGAAUGAGAAUAGUAGGUGAGAUAUUGAGAGGAGCAUCAAUGGAUGUGUUCAAAACCAGGGAGUUCUUUGGAAGAAGGGAAUUUAGGUAUGUGGGAUCAGGUUUGCCUGCAAACCAAUCAGAUGAUGGUUUAAUGGAAGACUUUUGCAAGAGAACAGUGAAUACCAUAUGGCAUUAUCAUGGUGGGUGUGUAGUCGGGGAAGUGGUGGAUAGCGAAUUCCGUGUGAUUGGUGUUGAUAGUCUUAGAGUUGUCGAUGGCUCCACCUUUUCUAUUUCUCCUGGGACCAACCCUCAGGCCACUUUGAUGAUGAUGGGCAGGUAUGUUGGAGUAAAGAUCCUGGAGGAAAGGAAGGGAAGGGGGGGAGAUACUAUAUAAUGCCGGUGUUUUUGUGAAUCUCAAGGGAGAAAUGAAAGGAUGUGCAAUUACCAUGUUGAGAAAAGAAUGUGCUCCAUCUGUGGCCGAUCAAAGGAAUACCCAAUGGCCAAGGAUUGCUAGUGCCGUGAAUGCUAUGGUGUAGGACUACUGAUAGGCUGAUAGCUGAGACUUGGAAGUCUUCAGCUCAAACUUUUGGGGUUAGAUAUUUUACUCUUUUGUACAAAACAGAGCAAAUUUUGUAAAUGGUAUCAUAUUUGGGGGGAUAUGUGUGAUGGUUUGUUAUUUGUAAAGAAAUCACUGUCUGGUUAAUUCAGUAAUGGCUUUCCGGAAGUUUUUUUUUU